AUGUCUGACAAUCCGCCAGCGAGUAGCGGCGUGACGGGGUCGGGGUCGAGGGCAUACCCGUACGAAAUCUACAAGCCGGAACUGGAGCAGGUGCCGGCGGGGAUCGCGACUUUGUUAGCCGAGUACGCGGGGAUACCGCCCGAGGAACAAAAGGAGCACAUCAAGACGGUGCGCGACCGGGCUUUCAAGUCACACCCCUACCCGUGUUUGGGGAGGUGGCGGUUCCUCGAGCUCGACUUGUCCAGUCACCCGUUGUACCAGAGCUAUAUUGUGCCGAUGCUGUCCAACAAGGAGAAGAAAGCAGUGGCCGACGACGACGACGGUGGUGAUGGGAAGAAUGACUGGAUCUUCCUCGACCUGGGCUGCUGCUUGGGACAGGACAUCCGCAAAUUGAUCUUCGACGGCGGGGACGCGAGCCGCAUCUACGGCGGGGACCUGCGCCCGGAGUUCAUCGAGGUCGGCUACGAGCUGUUCCGGGACGAGGACAAGUUCCCGCGCGCAGAGCACUUCAUCGCCCCAGCCGACGUGUUCGACUUUUCGAGUGAGAGCGAGCUGAGCAAAAAGUGCGACGGGCGCGUGGCCAUCCUGCAUUCCACGGCCGUCUUUCAUCUCUUCGAUUGGGACCAGCAGGUCACCAUGGCGCGCCGGUGCCUGCAGCUACUCACCACCAAGAAGGGUCGUGUGUUGAUCUGUGGGUGUCAAGUGGGCAACGAGAACCCCGGCGAGUUUCCCCGCCGGCUGGGCGGCGGAUCGCGAUACAGGCACAACGAGGCGAGCUGGAAAAAGAUGUGGGACCAGGUCGUCCAACAGGAAUCGGACAAGUAUAACAUCCGGAAUGUCGAGGUCGGGGCCGUCAUGUUGGGGAGGAAUAAUUCAAGUCGCAUCAGAGAGGAGUUGGAAGCGCAUGCCCGGCGCGAGGCUCAAGAACAAGAAGGACGGGAUCAAGAUCAAGAGACGAGCGACAACAAGGCGGAGGACGGGGUGAGGGACAGUAACAAUCAGCUCAAGCACAUUGGGCGCCUCGAAGAAGGGUUCAGGUGGAUGAAAUACUGGGUUUGGAUUGACUUCGCUUAG